UCAUAUCAGUUUGAUUGUCAGUAAUGUCAAUAAGCUUCAUAUUUCCAUCUAUUUUAUUUACUACGAUAAUAAUAAACGAACGCCACGUAUGUGAUAAUAAUAAAGAUAAUACAUAGUCAACCAUUUAUCUGGCUUGAAGAAGGUUCAGUUUUAAAAGAAGCGUUAUUGUAAACAAUAAAAAUGUCUAGUGCUGAUAAAAAAUUAGGUGAAAUACGUGCACUCAUACUCGUCGGUGGAUAUGGGACAAGGCUUAGACCCUUAACUUUAAGCAGACCUAAGCCCUUAGUGGAAUUUGCAAAUAAACCUAUAUUGAUGCAUCAAAUAGAGGCAUUGGUUGAGGCAGGAGUGACGCAAGUCAUCCUAGCAGUUUCUUAUAGGGCUGAUGAUAUGGAAAAAGAGUUAACCGAGCAAGUUUCUAAACUGGGUGUCUCACUUACAUUUUCUCAUGAGUCUGAACCACUUGGUACUGCGGGGCCACUGGCUUUAGCAAGGGAUCUACUUACCACCAGUACUGAACCAUUUUUCGUCCUAAACUCUGAUGUUAUAUGCGAUUUUCCAUUUAAGGAAUUAGCAAAAUUUCACAGGAGUCAUGGAAAGGAAGGCACAAUAGUUGUGACUAAAGUUGAAGAACCAUCAAAAUAUGGGGUAGUUGUUUACAAAGAUGGCGGAGAGAUUGAAAGUUUUGUCGAAAAACCAACAGAAUUCAUUUCAAAUAAAAUAAAUGCAGGAAUAUACAUACUUAACCCGUCAGUACUAAGUAGAAUAGAAUUACGACCGACAUCCAUAGAGAAAGAAGUCUUCCCAUACAUGGCUAAAGAGGGUCAGUUAUAUGCCAUGGAUCUGCAGGGCUUUUGGAUGGAUGUUGGCCAACCAAAAGAUUUUCUUACAGGUAUGUGUUUAUACUUAAACAGUCUCCGUCAGAAGAAUCCAUCAAUGCUGUACGAAGGUUCUGGGGUUGUUGGCAAUGUACUUAUAGAUCCCACUGCAACUAUCGGCAAGGGCUGCAGAAUCGGACCAAAUGUCACUAUAGGACCACAUGUUGUUAUUGAAGAUGGGGCGUGUAUAAAACGUAGCACAAUCCUACGCGGCGCGAUUGUACGACAGCACGCGUGGCUAGAAGGGUGUAUAGUUGGUUGGCGGUCAGUCGUUGGCAGAUGGGUCCGAAUGGAGAACACCACUGUGUUGGGGGAAGACGUCAUCGUCAAAGACGAACUUUACGUCAACGGUGGACAAGUCCUGCCACAUAAGUCCAUAGCUUUAUCUGUGCCCGAACCACAGAUUAUAAUGUAGUAUAUAUAAUUUUUUCUUCAGCCAGAUAAAAAAAAAAAGUUUUAGCAUAACAUAUGAAAACUUUUUGCAAGUUGUAUUGGUAAUAAAACGGUUCUGACACUGUCUUGUUUUACAAGAUGUAUUUAAAUUUUGUAUCGACUAUAAAGCCUAACUUUUACAUUCUACUAUUACUGUGAUGGAGUUUUGAAAAAUGUUUCAAAAAAUAAUACUUAUUAAAUGAUAAUUACUACUUAUUGUAAUAACACCCAUAUUUACACGUGAACAUCAAAUUACAGCCUAUAUUGUAAUAUACAAUACCUUUUCAAGCCAAUACAAGUAUUAAUUUAGAUUUAUUUUAAUUUUAUGAUGGGUGUUUUAUAAUAAUGAGUUAGUCUUUUAAUAUUUAAAGUUCAAUAAUGCUUUGUUAGCAAUUGCUAUUUAAAAAUAAACCAGAACUAAUAAUAUUUGCGUAUAAAUACUGAUAAUCUAAGAAAACUAUCUACAGAAGGCUGGCUAGAAUAGUUUCAAUCUUGUAGUGUCACAAUUGAAAUACAUUUAUUAUUCAAAAUUUUUCUAACCGCAUCAGAUCGCACAAUUGUAUAAUGUGGUUACUGAUAUUUUUAAUUUUAAUUAUUAUUUUUUAAUAUUAAAUGUGUAAUAUUCACAUAGAUUUCUUUAUAUUAUUUAUGUUUAUAUUUUUUCUGGAAAUAGAUUUUAUUUAAAAUUAUAUAUUUUAUUACAUUUUGUUAUAAAAACAGUUGUAAAUUUUGAUUAGAUUUAGUACAUACAUACUUAUAUUUCGAAUUGCAUUUUUUGUUGCUCCUUAAAUGUUAUAAACAUUCCACAAACAAGGCAUUUUUCUUUCGCUUAAAAUGAACAUAAUACAUGGUAUUGUUACUGCCAUUUUACACCAAAACUGUAUCUAUAUUUAGUUUUAAGUUACAUCAAUCGGAGCUAUUGUAAUAUUCUUAAUUUUACAGAUAAAUAAAACAAUUAGAAUUUUA